AUGAAUUCUACUAUACGAAGAGUCACCACUGUACCCCCUAAGCAAGGCCCUUUGACGACACCGCGAACUAUCUACCUCUUGCCAGCUGCUAACAAUGUGCAAGCACCCGUUCAACUUCAGACUAAAACACUUCUAGCACCCCGUCCAUCUGGGGUCUUGAUCCGAACAGCUCCCGAUUCAAUGGUGAUCAGACAAAACCGGGUCCCAGAGAUGGUCAAGUCCCCUUCACCAAUGAAGACCGAAGUCACGCUGAAGAGAGCCUCAAACAUUCCCAUCGAGGAGAUUCUCAACGAGACAUGCAGUCAACCAGCAAUGCCUCGAAAGAGGGAAAGACUCACUCAUUUGAGUGCUGAAGAAAAGAUGAAUCGCCGAAAGCUGAAGAAUCGUGUGGCCGCACAAACGGCUCGUGAUCGUAAAAAGGAGCGAACUUCACGUCUCGAAGACGCGGUUCGUCGACUUUUCGAUGAGAACGAGCGCUUGCGAGCCGACAACGCGUCAUUGAGAGUGCGCAUGGAUCGACUUGAAGCACGGAGUGAAGCCGAAAACGUGAACGGAGCCAAGUGCAUGGCGACGACCUUUGGAUCAGCCGCAUCCAUUAGUGGACCCCAGCAGAGGGAACAGCUCGAGGACAUCCUCGCAGAGUUACAAGAGGUCGACCUCGACUCGCUGUACGCCGACGUGCUUCAGGACGAGUGUCCACAAUCAGCCAGCACCUCGUCGGUUGAGGGUGGGUGUGAGUAUUCGAGUCCGAGCACCCCGUUCACCAUGGGGUCGAGUGAGCUGAUUCCAUGCGAUGAGGAUUUCUACUCUUCGUGCAGCACUUCCUAUCAACCCCAGUAUAACCACAACCACAACUACGCCGAGAACCAAAGUCACCAAACACAACAUCAACCAACGCUUUAUCAUAAGGACGCUUUCGAGUAUAACUUUCAGUCAACUCAACGUGAACUAGUCCCAACCACAGUCGAAUUCACAUUUGAAUUGGAUGAAGAGCGAAAAGAUUCGAUCCUCUACAGUGAUCCCCUUCUUUCCUCUCCAUCAAAUCAAUCUCAAUCCGAAUUCUUCAGUGACCCUAUUUUGUCUCCUUAUGAUAAUGAAUUUACCACCGAAUUUUAUUCAUUGAUAGAG